AUGGAAUCAUAUUUGGAUUGUGAAGAUUCACGACCUUUUCGUGAAAUUUAUUUUAAUAAUAUAACGAUGAGUGAUAAUACGUAUUAUUUUUUAUGGAAUCAAACGAAAUGUAUUACUUCACAACAUAUUUGUCAACAACAACAAUCGUUUUUAUCAUCAGCGGACGACGAUAUUUGUUUAAUGCAACCUUUCGUACGAUUUAUCACACAAAUAGCUACUGUUUUCAUAAUAUCCGAUGAAUACAGAUGCAGAAUGUUAGAUGGAAAUCCUUCCAGUGAAAAUUCAAAACCAUUUCUGAUUACUUCUCGAUUAAGUUACUUUCCAUCAAUAACAUCGAAUAUUAAUUCUCAUGAACAAACGAAUAAUUUUUAUGAUAAUUAUAUUUCACUUGAAGAAACAAUUUACAGUCGAGCAGAUUGGUAUUGUAAUCGAGGAAUUGUUAUUUUCUAUAAAUCAAAUAAAACAAAAAAUGUCUUUGUUCACCAAGUUAUUUUGGUUCACGAUGUCAAUGACAAAAUCAACGUAUAA